GUUAAAUUAAAAUGGAAGCAACCAAGACCAUUAAUCUUACUGAACUUGAGACUGCCAUCGAAGACGCCUGGACUGAGAACAAAGUUCCCUUCUUCUUCGAUACUCAGGGAAAUGCUGAGGUCUUCUUCAAGUAUAAGGCCAAUCUGGUCGAGCUCAACAGGAUGCAGGUCGCCCUUGCAGCUGAAGAGACCACAGUUGAUGAUGUUAAAGAGAAGAUUAGAACUCAUCUUUUGUAUGCUUUGAAAUCUGGAUCGUGCAUAGUUUUCUUUGUUGAUAAGUUGAUGGGUAAAUUUGAAGAUUACUAUGACGAAUCUUUCCUUCCAAAAGAAAUCUUUGACCCAACUGAGAUUGUCAAACCAGAGAUCUACAAAAAGAUACUUAAGGAAGAUGAAGAUAUGGACAACUUUGGAAACAAAGGAGGAUUCUAUCAUCAAGAAACAUUCAGAGUUGCUGUACUUAGCACUAGAACUCCUGACUCCGAGGACAACUCAGACAUUGCUGAGCAUCUCGAGCCAGAGAAGUUCGAGUUCAUCAAGAUUGAAUAAGCUGUUAAAGAAGAAUCUUGGGACAUAUUUACACUUUUGCAAACACUUAUUUUUAACCGUUC